CCCAAUAGGAUCUGGUGGAAGAAAAUCAGGCAGACACAGAUCGGCACCGCUGGGAGACAGAGCUUCCAGCUCGCUCUCUGCUGCCACAACUCCAGCAAAGGGUAGGGAGGAAGAGAGGAGUGGCCCGUCAGAGGAGAGGCAGGUGUGUUCAGGUAGUCAGAAACACAUUUCUCUUUGAAGCUAUUCUGGGAUUAUCCUGACAACAUUCAGCUGGUACAUCACCCUGGAUCAUGAGGGCAUCCUUCUUCUGGCUCCUCCCACUUCUCCUCAUCUUGGCCUCAGUGGUUCAAGGCCAGCCAGCGCGCCCCAAACCUGGGACUAGGCGGAGACCCAAGCCGAGGCCCACACCCAGCUUUCCUCAGCCCCACGAGCCAGCAGAGCCUACAGACCUGCCUCCGCCCCUUCCUCCCGGCCCUCCAUCUAUCUUCCCUGACUGUCCUCGGGAAUGCUACUGUCCCCCUGACUUCCCAUCAGCCCUCUACUGUGACAGCCGGAACCUCCGCAAGGUGCCUGUCAUCCCACCCCGCAUCCACUACCUUUACCUGCAAAACAACUUCAUCACCGAGCUCCCUCUGGAGUCUUUCAAGAACGCCACAGGCCUGAGGUGGAUCAACUUGGACAACAACCGGAUUCGCAAGGUGGACCAGAGGGUGCUGGAGAAGCUCCCCGGCCUGGUAUUCCUCUACAUGGAGAAGAACCAGCUGGAAGAGGUGCCGUCCGCUCUGCCCCAGAACCUGGAACAGCUGAGGCUGAGCCAGAACCACAUUUCCAGGAUCCCGCCGGGAGUGUUCAGCAAGCUGGAAAACCUGCUGCUCCUGGAUCUGCAGCACAAUCGGCUGAGCGACGGCGUCUUCAAGGCCGACACCUUCCGGGGCCUCAAGAACCUGAUGCAGCUCAAUCUAGCCCAUAACAUUCUCAGAAAGAUGCCACCCAAGGUGCCCUCGGCCAUCCACCAGCUCUACCUGGACAGCAACAAGAUCGAGACCAUCCCCAAUGGAUACUUCAAGGACUUCCCCAACCUCGCCUUCAUCCGCAUGAACUACAACAAGCUGUCAGACCGAGGGCUCCCCAAGAACUCCUUCAACAUCUCCAACUUGCUGGUCCUCCACCUGUCACACAACAAGAUCAGCAAUGUGCCAGCCAUCAGCAACAAGCUGGAACACCUGUACCUCAACAACAACAGCAUCGAGAAAAUCAAUGGGACCCAGAUUUGCCCCAACAACCUGGUGGCCUUCCAUGACUUCUCCUCGGAUCUGGAGAACGUGCCACACCUGCGCUACCUGCGGCUGGACGGAAAUUACCUGAAACCGCCCAUCCCACUGGACCUCAUGAUGUGCUUCCGCCUCCUGCAGUCUGUGGUCAUCUAGGGUGUGCCCAGAGCUGGACCUCCUCUGACAGCACUUGAAGGCUGGUGGCCCCAGCUCUGGAGUCCACUGUUUUUAUCUGUCUCCCAGCCCUUUAUCUCGUUCCCAGCCCUGCCUUUCCUCUCACCUCUUUCUGAGGAUGGGAGCUACCAUAAUGCCCUGCUCCAGCUCUAAAGCAAGAUUCCCCACCCAGUCCAAAGACACCCUGCCAGCCAAAACCUCUGGUCUUCUUUGGUCUCCCUUUGCUUCAGAAACAUAGAUGUCUGCCAACAGACAUACCCCCUCCCCCCUUCCC